AUGAAGCAGGCUGGUUCCAUCCUCGCCCUCGCUGGGCUCGUCUCCCUGGCCCAGGGUCACGGUUUCGUCACCUCCCCCCAGGCUCGUAUGCCCGGUAGCGCCAUGGAGAAGGCUUGUGGCCAGCAGGUGUACAACAACCAGGAGGCCGACAACUACGGCAACGUCCAGGGUGAACUUCAGAUCGCCUCCGGCCAAAGCGACUACAACGCCGAUGCCUGUGACAUCUGGCUCUGCAAGGGUUACAAGUACGCCGACAACAAGGACAACGUCUACUCGUACACGGCCGGUGAGACCGUCGACUUCACCGUCGACAUCCGCGCUCCUCACACCGGUACCGCCAACGUCUCCGUCGUUGACACUGCCUCCAACACCGUCAUCGGCUCUCCCCUGAUCUACUGGAGCGUCUACGCCUCCACCUCCACCGGUGUCACCAAGAACGAGACCAGCUUCAGCGUCACCAUCCCCGAUGACCUCGGUGACAAGUGUACCGAGGGCGGUGCCUGUGUCCUCCAGUGGUGGUGGAACGCUGCUUCCAUUGACCAGACUUAUGAGUCUUGCAUUGACUUCACUGUCGGUGGCUCUGGCUCUUCUUCUUCAUCUUCUUCUUCCUCUUCUUCUUCUUCCUCCGUCGCUGCCAGCCAGCCUACCACCACUGCUGCUGCCGCCGCUGUCACUACCCCUAGCACCGCCAACAACGUCGCUCCCGCUUCCUCCAGCGUCCCUACUACCCUCGCUACUAGCGUGAAGCAGAGCGCUACCGUCGCUCCCGUUGCUGCCUCCAGCGCUGCUGCUGCCGCCUCCUCCGGCGUCUCCAUCCCCACUGAUGGUACCGCUGAGGAGCAGCUCACCUGGGUUGCUAGCCUGCUUAAGGCUCUCCUCAAGUACGCCAACUAA